AUGGCUUCUUCAGGGCCGCCCCGGUUAUCGAAAGUGCAUAAGCAGCGGCUGAUUCAGCGAGAACGGCUGCUGCGACAGGCAGGAGACAGACAGGCCGAGGAAAUCAGCCUCAAGGUGAAGAACAGACUGAACAAGAUCCUGCGCAAGUUCUGGGACAUCAAAAUCCGCAACAUCCUGGAACUCGAGCGCGAGAUGCCUCUGGACCAGCUGACCCUGCUGAAAGUCCUGCGACAGCUAGAAAAUCCGUCAUCUGCAUCCGCUUUAUAA